CUAGAUAGUUAUGAAACUUACUUUCUACAGUCAGUAUCGGGACGUUUGCCAUCACAUCAAUCUCCACUACCUACAAGUAAUCUCACACCAAAUCCUAAUUGUCGUCUGUCUCAGCCAUCUCCAUGCCAGCCCAGAAAUUACAAUGGAACAACAAUUAAUGGGGUUGCCUCACCCCAUUCCCCAACCCCUUCCCCAGCUGGAAGUGUGGCAUCCGUGGGAUCUCAGAGCAGUGGCUAUAUUAGCUGCGAAUUGAAUGGAGCAGCAGUUCUUGGAUCGCAGAAUCGGUCAGGAAACGGAACUUGUAAUACUACUACCCCUCAAACAGCAUCAAGCUCAAGUCAUUCUGGUUCUUUACGACCAUCUGGUGGUUCUGGACCUUCUAGUAGUCAACAGUCAUCCACUGCAAUCCCUCAGCAUGUGUGUAGUUUACUCCAAAAACAGAACACACAUCUAACUAACCUCCACAUGUGUCAUGAACUGUGGGAUCAAGCACAGUAUCUUAUAGUCCAUAGUAAUUCAAAAGACUUCUUCUCUGAGCUGGAUGCAAGUUGUGGCCGAUUAACGCUGGACAGCUCUUUUAUGGAGUUAGUCCAGUAUGUUCGAGCUGGACUGUCCAAACUUAAGGAAACAUCUUGACUGAAGUUCUCAGCCUAGCUUUUCUAAUGAAUCAUGUCAAAUGUGAGAAGCUUGAGAAAGAGAUACAAGUACGGCUAUGUCAGGUCCACAAAUAGUGGAAUGUUUAUCAGUUUUGUACAUAUUUUUGUAUGUAAUAUUAUCAUUACGAUACACAUGUAUCUAGGUGUUUUUCUCACUGUAUUUUUUGUGAUGGACCCCUGAAUGUUAGCAACUCUUAAAAAAAAUAUUAAAAUAUCAUCAUCUAGAUAUAAAAUGUUUGAUAGCCAAGAUGUUUCAUUCAAUCAUGUAAGUAUAUCCACAAACUUUGUGUUAUUUGUGCAAAAAUAUAUGAUAUUGUUAAUAGAGUGCCUAUGGUUAAUUAUGGGACAGUUUAACACAAACCUUGUCUGUUCUUGACCUGUCUUUUUUCCAGGCCUGCUUAUGUUUGUAUUUGUACAAUUUUGUUUUUACUCUAUUCGAUUCUAAUUUCAUUUUUGACCAUUUGACAAUGGGACUGAAUUAUAUAUAUUUUGGGAUGAGAGCAAAGUAGUUAUGAGUUUGAAAGUGUAAUUGAAUUUUAAGAGGUUUGUUAAAGUUUUUGUUAGGAUAUUUGAUAAUAUUCAAACUGUUGAAAAAAUAGUGUAACUACAUUGGAGCAAAUAGAAUGUAUUGGAAAUUGUAGAGUUUUGUGAUAAAGUGGCACUGAUCACUUUUAACAGGGUCACAUGUAAGAUUUCUAACUAGUUAAGAUGAUUACAGUUUAGAAUUGGGAAGACUACGUUUCACCUUCUAGUAAACAAAAUCAUUGACACACACAUUGAAGAAUGUUUCAGGUAAACAGUUGUGUUAGUUAUUAAUAAUUACGUAAAAAUCUGAUUUGUAAGUGACAUAAAUAAAAUACAUAAUAAUUACAAUUUACUUGCUCGAUCUGAUUCACAUCCUAACAUGAAAAUUGAUCCCAUAUUUGGCACCUAGACCAACUGCUAUGUCUGUUGUCUCCCAGUUUACCUGACGAGUCUUGGUAUCGAGUGAAAGGCCUCACUGGCACUGGAUACUUAGUGUGGUUGAUAUAUCAUAAGAUAUACUCUUCAACUUUCACACAUUCAUAAAAUAUGUAUAACGCAUAUGUUAUUUUAAAUUAAGAAUAGGAAACAUGAGCUUUAAGGUUGUUAAAGUAUGAAGUGAAAAAAAGUUAUCCUCUUAUUUUGUUCUGAAUCUAUAUCUUGAUUAUUUUGAAUCUUUUAACCGUGGAUUGCCCGCUAAGUUUAAUUCUAAUGUAAUCUGUAGAAGAUUAUACUUUAACUACAGUUUUGAAGUAUCACACAGCAUGAAUGUAACAGAAAAACGAGGUUAAUAGUUCUUGGUUAAAUUGUGUUUGUGGCAAAUGAGUUUACAAAUAUUAUAACCAAAUGAGAUGCUACUUCAUAUCUUAUGCCUUAAGAUAAAGCCUUUGACUAUUUGACUCCAAAAUACUUUUUAUCUUACAUGUAUCAAACACCUGUCAGGUGUUGCUAUGUUCUCCUUAACCAUUUCCAUGCAGAGAAACAUGGAUGUGUGUAUCACUUAUAACCUUCCCCAGUCUCGGAAUAAUGGUGUAAGAUUUGAAGAGCAUAAAAGUUUGAUCUCUGGUAGUGACAGGAGGUGGGAGAUUUUAAGAACUUUGAACAAACUGUAAACUACAACAGAAUAGCAUUUUUUAUUCAUAAUGCUAAGAAAUCAGUUAGGAUCAGAAAAUAGAUAAAUCAGAAAAUGUGAAAAAGAUUUCUGGUAAUUUUUUCUGAGUAAUAAUGUUCCUUAUGAUUGAUAAUUUUAAUAUAAAUCAUAUCUGAAAACGGGUAUCAACAUAAAAAAUUGAGACUUUUACUAGAUUGUGGUAACUGUUACCAGUACAAAACAAAUUACGGAUGUUUUUUUUUCUCAGAACUAUUAUUUUCUACUUACUGACUACUUUUCAUCAGUUCUUGUACUUGUGUUUUCAGACUCGGUAAAGCAAACUAACAGUUAACUGUUUUGCAACAAAAGUUUUUAAUGUAACUGUCUAAAACUAAUAUUGAAAUAAUUGUGCUUAACUAGUCAUGUUUUAUGUUUAUAAAUUUAGUUUUUAAAACAAAAUUUAGCAGUAUUUGCUAUCCAUAUAGGUGGUGAAAAAUACCAGAUUAAAAGCUUGGUAAAAAAAACAACAAAUAUAUUUGAAGCAAGGGACAGUUGGUUUUCAUACUUAUGUUGAAAGUUAAAGCAUUUUUAGAUGUGUAAAUUAAGUCAAAAAUUAAUUUUUUGUCGGUUAUCUUGAUUGCGACAACAAAAAAAUCCAACGACUAUUUGCUUUGCGUUAUACUGUCAAUAACUAUAUUUUAGUUGUAAGACUUUCAUGUAAAUAAAUAUAGGAUAUUCUAAUGUAAAAUCAUGGUGUAGUAUGGGUUGCCAUGCACAAUAAAACACUACAUUCACAUAAAUUAUGUAUAAAUGUAUAUUUAUGUAAAAUUAUGAAUUGUAAAUAUGCAGCUCUGAAUGUUUUCAUGCAUCACAAGGUUUUUAUUGUCUGUAGAAACACAAUGCUAUUUGAACACUUGCCAUGAACGAUUUUUCUGUUGAGUACAACGAAAUUUAGAAGGUAUAAAUUGAAAGUAUCUUUCAACCAAUGAAGAGUAUUGGCAGAUUUUGAUUUUUUUGGUUAGCUACAUGCCUUUUUAUUGUACAGAGAAGGAAACAAUGAAAGUAGACAAUACAUGCAGACGUUACGUAAUAAUAUUUUUUUUAUUGUAUAAACAUUUUUCUCUCUCUCUUAUGCACCAUUGUAACUAUUUAUUUUUUUAUAUAUUUAACAAGUUUUUGGAUAUAGAUACUUCAAGUCAUAAAAUAGUAAUCAGUUCAGUAAAGAUACAACUUGUGGAAGCACACCUGAAGUACUUUGGAUAUGUAGUUAGUGAUGCUAGUAAAUCUAUUUAAUCACACCAGAGGGUUUAAUCAAAAAAAAAAACUUCUGAAACCAGACUUUCAGUACUUUAUUUUUUUUUAUCAUACUGUUUUAUGGAUCGUAGAAAAUGUAUUCUUGGUAUCAAGUCCCCUUUAGCAAAAUCCAUGAAUGGUUAUUUCGUUGAAUUAGGUUAUCUUAUUUACCAAAGGAAAUAAAUUAAUGCAUGUAAGUUUUGUGAAUAUAUGUGUGUUUGUUCAAAGUAACUUUAUGUAAGUAGCACAAGUAAUGGUCUUGGAACUAGGCUUCUGGAUGACUAGGAUUAUGGAUCUGUUUUACAAUUAAGCCUGUAUUUGCCAACAAGUUUGUUUUAAAUUAUUCUAUGAAACAAUCUUGGAAUUAGGCUUCUGGAUCUAUGUGUUAUUGAAGCCUGUGUUUUCUAACUGGAUUGUUUUCCAUUCUAAGAAAUAACCUUGGAAGUAAGCUUCUGAAUCUAUAUGGUAUAUAUAUAUGAAUGUGUUAUUUGACAAGUUGUUUCAUCCAUCCUAAGAAACAGAUUAGGAAUUAGGCUUCUGAAUCUAUAUUGAAUUUAUGCAUGUGUUUUCCAUCUAGAUUGUUUUUCACCAUCCGAAAAACCUUGAGAUCAGGAUUCAGAAUCUGUGUUAUUCUUGCCUGUAUUUUCCAUCUAGAUUGUUUUUCACCAUCCAAAAAACCUUGGGAUCGGGAUUCAGAAUCUGUGUGUUAUUUAUGCCUGUAUUUUCCAUCUAGAUUGUUUUUCACCAUCCAAAAAACCUUGGGAUCGGGAUUCAGAAUCUGUGUGUUAUUUAUGCCUGUAUCUUCCAUCUAGAUGAUUAUUCCAGAAGCAUACUUUUAAAGUUGAGUUUGAAAGAAUUGAAUGUGUGUACACAAGUUUGUAUUAAGCAGAGGCCCGAAGCUAUUACACUUCUAAGCUCUUGUUAUGGUAUAACCACAUAAGACCAUAAAGAAAUUUAUAGCUUAUGUUUUAUUGAUCAGUAGAUUUUGUAUACUGGCAAACAAUACUGCACAACCCAUUACAUUCUUAGUAAUGAUUAUGAUUAUGUGUGAAGAGAUGGUUAAUAGACAUUAGUGGAUUAAAUCUGUAAGAAUUAAAAACUUUCAUAACACCUAGUGUGAAAUUACAAAAAUUUCUUGUUUGGUGAGGUUGGAACUUUAGUUUUUUCUCUUUAUUGAGAAUAUGUGAAACUUCAUAAAAUGUAUAUUCUAUAGAGUAAUGGUUGAUGAUUUGAAAGGCAAUCAUGUCAUUAUAAAAAUUUUCUCUUCUGUAUUUUUUAAAUGCCACAUAAGGAAGUUAAAGAAUAUUAUAGUUGAACGUAUUAGAAAUGACAAUUUGUAUGAGUGUGUAAUAAUUUGUAAUUAACUCUUUUAUUUUUUUUUCUUGUUGUUGUUGUUGUUGGUGUAUAGUCUGGUUGCUGUUAAAAUUCAAAAUUCAUAACUUAAGUUUUAAUAUUGGAAAUCUCAGUUAUUUUGUUGUUAUCAUCAUUGCUGUUAUGCAAACUAGAAAAAAUGUGUCAUGAAAUAAUUAUAGGCCUAUAGACACAGGUAGAAAUAAAUGGGAAUUUUGUUAUAACAAUGUAAUUGUUAUACCCAAGGAUAGUGAGUAAAUUUUGUUUGAUUUAAUCAGACUGUGAGAAAAUUUCCUCGGGGGACAGUUUAGCAAAGACUUUUAAAAUGGAAGGAAAACAGAUCCUAAUGUAAAUGAAUUACUUUGGUUCAUCAUUCUGUAAGUAAUAAGCAUUAAUCCCAAAAUAAAUAUCACCCAUUCACUUAUUAAACAUGAUUUAUUUGUAUGUUUCAAACAAAUAAUAUACUUAUGAUUGAAACAGUUAGCUCAAGUAAGUUUUCAAAGAUAAGACUCUUGUUUUUAUUUUUUCUCUGGUAAUGAGGUAUUGAAGUCUUUCAGUUGCAAGGUUUUGAAGGAUACUUGUAAUUUUAGUGAUUCCAAUUUUUCGUUGUUUCAACAUCUUACCUUAUGCAGUCUUCAUGCAGAGUAAAGAGUAUAGCAUGAAAAUAAUACACAGAUUGUUUUAAAAUGUUAAAAACAGUAUAUAUAUAUAUACACACACACACACACACACACACACAUAUAUGAGAAGUUGAUAUUGUGUCUGUGAGAAGCUACAAUCCAUGAAAUUCAUUUGAAAUAGUUCCUUAUUCCUUUGUUUUCAAUGUAUCAAAUUUACUCACUGAAAAAACACAAAAUUACCCUUCACCAACUACUACAGAUUCUGGUAACUUAUACUGCCGGUAGGAUCAUACUAGAGUUUCAAUAUAAUAAAGGUGCUCAGUUAAUAUGAACAUAACACAUCCUUGCGUUUAGCAUAAACUAAGGGUAUUUAAAUUACAUAAGAAAACU